GAGUUUAUCAAACCUUGUUGUAUCGUUAUUAUGACUAACACAUCACAAAAAAGUUGACGUCACUUUGUGACACACACCAGUUGAUACAAACUCGCCUAUUGCUAUUCAUUUGUUUAAUAAGUAAAACAAACCAAAGCAGGUACCGGCGUCUUACCUGGUUGGGUCCACAUAGUUUCAUUUUCAUUAACAUACGAGUAGAAAUCCGUUGGUGUUAGUAUCCUACAAGUUUUUUAACCGGUAAAAUGAUCAGCAAUAUUAGAAAAGUAACUAACGACUUUCUGGAUAAUGAAAGGAAUAUUUUUGGUGAAGUGGGCUGUGUGCAAAAUGAAAGUGAAGGAGUAACUAUUCAGAGUGUUGAGUCGAAGACAGUUGAAACUGUUAAUACAGAUGUUAUCGAAAGAGAACAAAGAGAAGAAUCAAUCAAUCAAUCAAUGUUAUCAAACGAUUUCUUGGAAACAUCAGAAAUAAAUAUAACCAUAGAUGAAAGAACUGAUUGCUCAGGAGAAACACCAAAGAGAUAUAUUACAAAAUGUUAUUUAACACCAAAGACUGUUCCCUAUUGGUACAACGAAAAUCUACUUAUUUUCCUAAAUUCCACAAAGAGGAUAUAUGAAGAGAGAAUAUAUUGUAAGGAAAAGUUCUUCCCAUUGAAAUGGUCAGAAAGAAUGUGGACAGAAGUAAUGCAUAAAGAACGGCCCACGCAUUUUGUUUCAUCCGUGGACAUUCCCGUACCAGAUAUUUAUAUACCUUUAGGAGAAGUUGCUGCAUGAGCUGUAUAAAUACCAAAGAUUAUUAUGUAUAAUAAACUUCCUUACAUUCCUUAGUAUACCAGUUAGAAGUUACCAGUAUAUAAAUAGCCAUAUGAAAUGGGAUGUAAUAGUUUUUUGCCAUUAUUACAAUUAAUGUACAUUACAGAAAUAUAAAAUAAAACUUGCGACAAUA